AUGUUGUCGCUGCGCUUCCUCAGCGUCCACAUGAACAGCAUCAAGGAACUCGAGAGUGGGUGCCUGCGCACGCUGCGGCACUUGGUGGAACUUGACUUGAGCGCGAAUGAGCUGCGAGAGAUACCACCGAGGUGCUGGGACGGGCUUGGGCAUCUCGAGCGCCUGAAUCUGUCCAGCAACCAGCUGACCCGCCUCGGUCCCGCCGCCUUCGGCUCUCUCGCCUCGCUGCAGUGGCUUUCCCUCGGCUUUAACAGCAUCAUCGAUUUAUCAGGUCUGCGCUCGGUGCCGGCGUCCGCGCCGCUGGGCUACGUGGACCUGUGUGCCAACCGUAUCGCGACGCUGGACGAGGUCAUAUGCGCCCUCACGCCUCACAGAACGCAUCUGCAGGAACUGCGGCUGGAAUCGCCAUCGCCGCGAUCUUCCAUGACGACAGCGGCGGCAGGCAGCGGCGCUUUUUCCCCGCCCACCACGAUGAGCACGUCUCUCAACGACAGUCAGGACGGUGCAGCCGCCUACUGGCCCAUCGAGGAGAACCCAUGCUGCCUCGCCACGGGCCCUGACACGCAGGACGCAGACGGGGGUAACGUAGAUGUCAGUGGCGGGGCUGCUGGUGGGCGGGGCAACAGCCGAGUCCACGGCGCCGUCUGCAGUUCGCCUUCUGCUGCAAACUACGUGGAGCGGCUUCUGUCAUACUUCCCGCGCCUGCUCGUGGUGAACGGCGUCUCCUACGGCGUGGACCCGUUGCACGCCCUUCGCCAGCAGCGGCGCUCUCAGGAGCCGGAAGUUCAGGUGGGGACGAGCGCAGUCGAUGCCACGGCUGCUGUGGUAGAUGCGUCGCCCUUCGCGUCGCUGUGCAGCGCGGACCAGAGCGCGUGGGGCCGUUCUCUGCUCUGCGCGGGCGGUGCAGAGAGUUCACCGGCAGGGGUGGAGAGACUUGCCGACGGCACACCCAUCAGCGAUGUUUUCGCACAACUACUGAAGAGACCACUGCCACGCCUGCGACGGUCCUCCUCGUCAUCGCGAUCGCCAUCUUCGGCUUCGUCUGGGGGCCCAAAGAAGCGGCGUCACAGUCGCAACCGCCAUCGCACUGACAGCAGGCAACGAGCGAGGAGCUCAUCGCGACACCGUAGCCGUUCUUCUUCCUCCUCUUCUUCUCCCCCUCGAGAGUCGUCUCGGCAUGGCCAUCGUGCAGCUGCUGCACCCGUGGCGGCGGCGGCCCGAGCGGAGCAGGACGCGGACUGGAUGCUAACUUCAUUCAAGUCAGCAGCGCCUGCCGCAGCGAACCCACUGCCACCGCAGCAGGACCCACAAGCAGCACCUCGAAAACCCCGAGAGGUGAGCGAAGAUAGCGUCGUCGCGGCUGGCGCUGCAAGCAAGGAGGAGGCGCCACUCCGACAUGGUCGGCGGGCCACCGCCGCGAAGCCGCGCCGUGCUUCUCUCCGCCGUCGCUCGUCGUCAAACGCCUCGUCUCUCGCUACAUCGCCACUCUCCGGCGCUGCUUCCUGUCCGUUCGCAGUGUCACCGUUGGCAGCCCCAGAGCAUUAUCGCGAGUGCAAGCCCCGGUACGAGGUAGCGACAGCGACGUCGGCCACAGAGGCGUUUUGCACACCCUCUGCAACCCCAUCAACGGGGCAACUGAUGCCGUCUGUCGACAAGAGCUCCGACCUGGCUCUUCCUCUGAUGUCCCCUUCCCCCGCUGGUGUCACCGAUACCAGCGACAUCUCGCCGCCUGCCGCGGCAGCGCGUGGGCCUUGUGAGCGCCGCGGCAGCGGCGGCGAAAACUACCGAAAGGACGACAGCGUUGUCGCCACCACAGGCAGUGGGACUCUCACGUGUGCCACCUCCAAGGAUCCGGCGACUCUCGAUCCGCCGCCGCCUCUUACGAGUGUCGGCUCAGCCGCGGUGCUGCGGUGGAAGCCGAAGCAGGUGUCCCGUGGAACCUGCACAGAGCAGGGCGCAGAGGCGCUAUCGACGGUGUCGCGUGAUGCGGAGCUAACGGCAAAGGUGGAGCAGUUGCAGGAGCAGCUUGCGCUCCGUACCACAACCAUCAGCGAUCUGCGUCGACACCUCGACCUCAUCCGGACGCAGUACGUCGAGGGGCAGCGUGAGGCACAGCAUCGGCAGCAGCAGCUCCGCAGUCAGGUAUCGGCACUGAAGGACGAGCUGGCGCGGCGGGCCGAGGAGGCGACAAUAUUGCAGCGCAAGCAGCAGGCGCAACUAAAUCGAGCCGUCGGCUCUGUCAAGGCGGAGUGGGUGCGACGGCUCGAGGCGGCAGAGCAACACAGCGCUGAAGCGUAUGCAGAGGCGACGGCAGCGUGGGGGGGGCGUCUAGCACACGCCGAGGAACAAGAGCUGCACAUGCAACAGAUGGUCGCUGUGAAGUCUGCGCAGCUUGCGACGCUCGAGCGGCAGACACACGCUAUGGAGGCGGAGAUACAGGCUAUACGAGGCCAUUCUCUUAUGCAGCAGCGGCACUGGGCUGCGCGGACUGGGCUGCAGCUCACCGAGGCGGACAAGCGGCGCACGCUGGAGGGCGCGGCGGCAGCCUCACUUGCGCAGCUGUGUCGCUCCUUCUCCGACGCAGCCGUACAAAUUCAGACAGAGCUGCUGCGCGAGGCUGAACGAGUCCGAGAGCGCGCGGAGGAGGCACUGCGAGAGCAGCAGGCCACGUGGAGGGCACAGGUGACAGCAUACGAGGACGCUAUGCGCCAUGCUGCGUCCGAAGUGCACAAUGCUGUCGCAGGGAGGCACGGCGCAGCUUACUUGUCGCCGCUUCCACCGACAUGUACAUCCCCUGCCCUGCCCGAGGAUCCGUCGCUGUCCUUAGUCACCGUCCCCUCUCCGACGCUUGCAGGCGUGUCAGCCCCGCACCACGAGCCGCUCGCGCUUAGCGACCAAGGCAACAACAAUCAGGUCGUCGGUGCACAAGCCGAUACCAAAGAAAGGGACAACAUGAGAGAGCGGACGCCGCUGGCGGUGGAGAGGACCGCUGCUGCAGAUGGCAGUGCCCUGGUGUCGACCUCUACCACCGAGUCUCUACGUGUGACCCAGGGCGAGGACAGUGGCUGCGCCGCAGGAGCGGAAUGCGGGGCUGCUUCCAAUGAGCUGAAGCAGGUGGCUGACGUGGGUGACAGCGGCACUCUGAUCGCUUACUGGAGGUGCGCGUGCGCGCGUGUCGAAGCCCAACUGCAUCGCGUGGAUGCUGCCCUGCACGUCGCCACUCUCACCCAGCAGUCCAUGGCGGCGGAGAACACGCGUCUGCUCAGCCACGUCGAGGCACUGGAGGCGGAGAAGAAGGAGUCGCUGGCAGCCCUCCACUCCACUUCUGAGGUUGCCGUCCAGGAGCGGGACAACUUGCUGCGCACGCUGCACACGUUACGGGCUGAUAUGGAGCGGAAGGACGCCGCGCUGGAUGCGCUGGAGGAGGAGGCGCACGCGAAACUGAGCGAGAAGCGCCACCGCAUCGCCGAGCUUGAGGAAGCUGUGGAGGCGCUCACAACGCAACAGACGCGCGCGACAGAGGUGAACGUGUCCACGCGCGGACAGCUGGAGGCAGCGCAGGCGACGGUGGCACGCCUGCAGCAGGAACUGGCCGACGCGAGGGAGCGGUGCAAGGCGGUGACACAGCAGCAGGUGGAGCAGGUGCCAGACUUAGAGCGAAAGCAGCGUGAGCUUUCCGAGCUACUUGCCACCAGCAACGCCGAGGCCCACCAACAUCAGCUGGAGAAGAAGGCGCUGGUGCACGCUCUUACUAUGGCGCGAGAGCAGCUGGUGCGGCUGUACGAGUCGCACCAGCUCCUCUCCAGUGCGUACGCGAGCGCGAAGGAUCAGAUCACACAGCUACAGGCGAAGCUCGAUACAGCGCAGCGGCAGGUGCACGAAAUCCAAGAGGCGACCCGCGCAAAGCAAAAGGCCACCUUCGAGGUGCUUUCGCACUGGAUGACGAACAACGCGCUCUAG